AUGGAUUUUUUAACUAGAUUCAAGGGCAGAACACAAACCAUGAAUAAGAAGGAAGGAGUAACUGGAAUAAUAAAAUCAAAUGGGAAUCCCAUUGAGAAAUUGCCUACCUUUUAGAGUUUUAGCUCAUUGCUUGCUACAACGGCAUCCUAUACAAUUUCUGAUUCUGAGAAAUAGUCUCUCUAUUCUAGUGAUUUUACACCAAAAAGCAAGGAUCCAAAGAUAAUUACAAAUAUUAGUGCAUUUCAUAAUAGAAAAUCAUCAUUAGCAUCUCCUCCAACUACAAGCUCUAAUCUAAAUAUGUCAAAAUCAUAAAUAGAACUAAAUAAUAAUUAAUAACACUCUUUGUCAAAGACAGGGUCAACAAAUUUUAACUUGAAUGAUUAUUAAUUGAUUAUUAUACCAAAAGAGGCAUUAUGUAAGAGAAUCAUUUUGAUAAUUAGGUCACUAUAAAUUGGAAAAUAGUGAGUGUAAUUUUUAAACAAAAGAGCCUUUACAAUAGAUAUAAUAAAAAUAUUAUUGCUCUAAAUCUCAAUCAUUAGAUGCAUAAAAAGAUAAGCCUUUGAUAAAAUCCUAAAUACUUAGUUAGGGAUCUUAUUCAAAAUAAAAUGAUAGGAAAAAAAGUAUGAUAUAGGCAGGUUUGAAUACAAUUCAAUACUGA